GCGACUCGGUGGGGGAUUUGGUGGCGUUGCUUUUGCGCGGAUGGAGGGAGCAGCUGCUGAUCUCUGACACAUUCUCUUUUCCCCCCAAGCACCACUGCCAUAUUGUACCGGGACGUGUUUCAUGCCGAAAAAAAUAGUUAAAUGGGUCCAGUAACUGGAAUGACUCCAGAUAAGAACAUAGAAACUCCAGGAUCUGAGAAGGUUACAGGAUUAAUUCACAUUGACACUAUGGGUAGCCUUCCAGAAGAGGUUGGUGCAGCCAGGCCCAAGGCUUCAGCAGUAGACUGUGGGCCAGCAGAUGAAGAACUUACAAACUUGAACUGGCUUCAUGAGAGUACAAAUUUGCUUAACAACUUCAGUCUGGGAAGUGAAGGACUUGCACCAGGUGGUUCCUUGUAUGACAUUGAAGGUGACAACUCAUCAGGAUGUCAGAAUACCGACAAGUCAUCAACUUCUACAAAGCCUCCUUAUUCUUUCAGUCUUCUCAUAUAUAUGGCAAUUGAACACUCUCCCAAUAAAUGUCUGCCUGUCAAAGAGAUCUAUAGCUGGAUUCUUGAUAGAUUUCCCUAUUUUGCAACUGCUCCUACUGGUUGGAAGAACUCAGUCAGACACAAUCUUUCCCUAAACAAAUGUUUUCGAAAAGUUGAACGAAGUCAUGGAAAGGUGAAUGGAAAAGGUUCAUUAUGGUGUGUUGAUCCAGAAUAUAAACCUAAUCUUAUCCAAGCACUGAAGAAGCAGCCAUUUUCUGCAGCACUUACACUGUACACCCCUCCUGCCUCACCUACAGG